AUUUCAGACGUAGAGAUUGAUUAAAAAAUUAUAAUAGGAAGUUGUAAUUAGCAUUUCUGUUCUGUUGUCAUAUAUCCCAUUAUAAAAAUUCUAAAUAAAUAAGUGAUUACUCAUCAUCCUCAAAAGUCACAACCACAAACCUUUUGUCAUCAUUUUGAAACUUGUCCAAAGUGAGUGAGUAAUAGGUGGAGAAAAAUGGUGCUUCAAACUACUAUUGAUCUUCUAAAGAGUGAGAUUCCUCUUCACCAAGAAACUAUUAAUUUAUCUGAAGAUUCUGUCACUGGCCUUGUUCUUGUUGAUAUAAUCAAUGGAUUUUGCACUGUUGGUGCUGGAAAUCUGGCACCAAGAGAGCCCAAUACACAAAUAUGUGAGAUGAUAAAUGAGUCAACAAGAGUAGCAAGACUUUUCUGUGAGAAAAAAUUGCCAAUUAUGGUAUUCUUGGAUUCUCACCAUCCAAACAAACCUGAAGACCCUUAUCCACCUCACUGUAUUGUUGGGACAGAUGAAUCAAAUUUGGUACCUGCUUUGAGAUGGUUAGAGGAAGAGGAAAAUGUAACAAUUAGAAGAAAGGAUUGUUUUGAUGGAUAUUUUGGUUCAAUGGAGGCUGAUGGGUCUAAUGUUUUUGUGGAUUGGGUGAAGCAAAAUCAUAUCAAAACUUUAGUAGUUGGUGGAGUGUGCACAGAUAUAUGUGUGCUAGACUUUGUUUGCUCAACAAUAUCAGCAAGGAACCGUGGUUUUCUUGGCCCUCUUCUUCAGGAUGUGGUUGUUUAUUCUACUGCUUGUGCUACCUUUCAUAUUCCUCCUCGUGUCACUACAAACACUAAACAGGUUUUACCUCAUCCACAGGAGUUUAUGCAUCAUGUAGGAUUGUACAUGGCCAAAGAAAGAGGAGCCAAGAUAGCUAAUGAAUUGUCCUUCGUUGCAGCUGGAAAGGCAAUAUGAAUAAUGAACAAGUAGUUUAUUACGAUAUGUAGUAGUAUUUGCAUGGCUAUAUAAAUAACACCCAAACAUGCUGAGAGUGAGUGGAAAGUACAACAAUGGGAUUGGUUAGUUUGAAACAUUGAGUGAUAAUACUAUCUAGUUUGUAAUAUUAUAAUAAACCAAUAUAUUUAUUUAGAAAUAAAAUCAGUGUUUGUUAAAAAAA